AUGGCGACCCCAACCAUACAGAUGAAUGAUGUCAAUCCAGACGAAGAUUCAAGUAUACUCAACUGGCAUGAUAAUGAUUCUAGUGACAUUGAAGAGGAAGCAGAGACUGUCAAUAUUUCUGACGAACGAAUUUUCUCUGAUAUCUUAACAAAAUUACAAUAUCUUCAAAGUAACAUAUCAAGAACCAAUGAAGCGAAGUCUUCUGCAAACAAAGAAAAUGAAUCAUGUAAUGGUUCAGAAAUCAAAACAUCGAAAAGUAGUGAUACUGAAUUAUCAGAAGAUGAAGAUGAAGAACGACUAGAUAAAACAGUUUUGGUUGAAUGGUAUCAUAUUCUUGUUGAACUCGUCAGUGUGAUUGAAGAUUAUAAAAAUGAUAUUACAAAACAAAACUAUUUUGCAGUUCGAAAGCAAACAAAAUCACUUUCAGUAAUUAUUAAUACUUCGAAAACAUGGCUUCAAGACGACGAUACUACUUACGCACAUGAAAUAGUUGAUUUAUAUUUUAAUUUCUUCAAUUUACAACACAUUAAAAACUAUUUAACAUCGAAUACUGAUAUAAG